AUGGAUGUGUCGUUUUUUGGUCAUUCGUUGCAAACAACGACAAACACAACCACAAACUCAUCAAAGUUUACAUCACCAAAAGCUUCCGCACUUCGUGCACCUGCUAUACGUGUUCAUCCACCAACGAUCAAACAAUCCGGAUUGAAUAACAAUGAACAAUCAAGGCCAUCAUCUCGAAGUAGUUCGUUAGCCAGUUCCGGAACAUAUACCUCAAUACCAUCAACCGCCGGUACAGCUCCUUCAACAUCUGUAUCGAAUAGCCUCACUGAUACAUCAUCUACUGGAAAUCAAAAAAUGCUUAAAAUUAAAUUUUUUGGUGGAAAUAAAGAUAAAGGUAAAAUUUAUGCACCGAUGGGAGCAGUUGGAGCGGGUGCAAUAACGGCAAAUACUUCUUGUCGUGGAACGAUGGUUGAAAUGAAAAAUUCGAAAUUAACCAUCAAUCAAAAUAAUGAUGAUACAGGAAAAGCUUGCGGAUUAAUGAAGCCAAAAAAUAAUACAAAAGUAUCACGUAAGAUUCCAGCUACAACAUCGAUAACAUCGGCAGCUACACGUGAUACGAUAAAGGGUACUGGACUUCGUGCAAGUGGUUUACCACUUCAAAGUAGUUCAUCAUCAUCUUCCUGUUCCAAUACCGCUUUGCAAGGAGUUAAACGAGCAGCCAAUCGUGCUCCUCAAUCAUCUGGUACCCAUUUAAGACAACCAACAAAUCUCGAUCCUACGAAAAAUAAACGGUUUUCGAAGAGUUCCGAAGAGGAUUCUGCAUAUGCCGGUUUUGGUAGUUCAUCACCCAUUUCAUCCGCCGAAUCAUCCUCAAUGAGUCUCAAUUCAACAUCGUCGAAGAAUUCAUCCUGUAGUGGUACCGCAAAUAAUCCAAGAACCCGAACAUUGUCUGCCUUAACAUUUCAAAAUACCACGACCGCUAAUCAUCGUUUUAUUGGUGGAACAAUUCAACCACCAUCAAGUCCACAUGUAUGA